AAUUUGCUGUGCAUUAUGGUAUAGUGUGUAAGUAUUGCGAUAAGACAAUUCAUGGAAUGAGAUGGAAGUGUACAUUUUGUGAGGAUUGUAAUUUAUGUCAAGAUUGUAAAUCCAAAUCACAAAGUAUUCAUAAUCAUCCAAAUAAUCAUGCAUUUCAACCUAUUGCAUAUUCUUCUGGGCUUUUUCCGAUGGUAAAUCCUGCAAUUUGUGACUAUUGUGAAUCAGCCUGCACCAAUAUAAACACAUGUCAAAAGUGUGCCAGUGGUGAAUUUUUUGUAGAAGAAUAUGAAUUAUUUCAAAUUAUAAAAAAAAUAGAAUAA